CGCGGCGUCGCCACGUUUGACUCCUUUGUGCUCCUUUUUCUCCCUCUUCAGCAGUUUCAAACGAGCGUUUGGGGGUAAUACAGUAGCAGAGCUAACGCAUGCUAGGCAGCGUAUGCUACGUUGACAGUUAGCUUCGCGAGGACCUAACGAGUAUAAAAUCCCGCCACGCUGGCUGUAGUGCUUUGGAUUUAUGGAUUUUUGCAUCCUUUCCAAACGUCAAACAACUCCGUGGUGGCGUUGAACACCCAGCCGGGUGUGCUCGUCACGGGUUGAUGACGUACGAGGAAGUUCCGCGUUGUAAAGAAGCUAGUCGCUCCGCCGAAUUAGCGCAGUACAAACCGUGGUUGUUCUGGUUUGUUUCAUACACAUGAAGACGACCGAUGUCGGGAAUUUAGUCGACGAUGAAAUUCGCACGUAUUUGUUUUUUGUUGCACGUGUUGUCCACCACCGGCGUGCUGGUGAACACGUUCGAUCCGAUCACAACAACUGUGGUGGUCGGUAUCGGUGCAACCCUGGGCCGGACGAUCUACAAUUACCUGCAUGAAAGUUGCGAUGCGAAAUGGAUAGCCUUCAAUGUGACAGGUCUCAAGGUCGACCUGGACAGAAAACUGUACGGACAGCACAUUGCGUCACGCAUCAUCUUAAAAGCUGUGAAUGGAUUCAUGAACAAUGGCAACCCCAAGAAACCCCUGGUGCUCUCUCUGCACGGGUGGACCGGCACGGGGAAGAACUUCAUCAGCAAGCUGAUUGCUGAAAACAUCUACAAGGAAGGGAUGGAGAGCGGCUUUGUUCACUUUUUUACAUCCACACUUCACUUCCCACAUUCAAGUCAACUUGUGAACUACAAGUCUCAGUUACAGCAGUGGAUCAAAGGAAACGUCACCAACUGCGAACGCUCCAUGUUCAUCUUUGACGAGAUGGACAAGAUGCAUCCUGGUCUGAUAGACUGCAUUAAGCCGUACCUGGACUACUACGACAAGCUGGACGGAGUUUCGUAUCGGAAAGCCAUCUUCAUUUUCCUCAGCAACGCUGGGGCCGACAGCAUUGCAAAGACGACUCUAGAUUUCUGGAAAGCAGGAGAAAAUCGAGACGAUAUCGAGCUCAAAGACCUGGAAACCGCGCUCUCUCUAUCAGUGUUCAACAACAUCCAAAGUGGCUUUUAUCGCACAAGUUUGAUUGACAAGAACCUGGUGGACUUCUUCGUCCCGUUGCUUCCUCUGGAGUACAAACACGUCGUCCAAUGUGCCAUGACGGAGAUGGUAGCCAGAGGGCUGGAGCCAAACUGGCCUGUGGCAGAGGAGUUGGCCAAAGACUUACUCUAUUUCCCCAAAUCCGAAAAGAUCUUUGCGGUGACCGGCUGCAAGACGAUAGAGAGCAGGUUGGACUACUACAUAUAACGUCUCCAUGGGAUGGACACUACAUUCGUUCACUAUGUGCACUUUUUAAAUGAAAAACCCGCUCUCAGCCAAACGACUAAAGAGAGGAAGCAAAGCCGGCGUAAAUCUGAAGAGGUCGUCUUCGGAGGUUCCUCUGCUUGGUCCUGUAGGCCCUUUCCUACGUUUCAUCUCGCUUAACCUGAAUGAAGGGGCUGAUGAAAACACUUGGGUGCCAGCUGAAUGAAGAAAACAAUAAGAUUUGACUGCUGAUAGAGUUUUGAUCUCUGCUUUUAUGUCACACUACAGUGAGUUUGAGAGAUGCCGUCGUUCCCCCCCAAGAGCUUCUUAAAGGUGUCCAGAAUCUGUGGUGCGCCGCUUUAUUUUUAAUGUGUAUAUUUAUGGUUUACAGAAGAACACUUGCCUUAAUUCUUACUGUCAUGAUUUUUGUAAUAUCUGCUGUCGUUUUAUGAACGUACAUAAGCUGAGGUUGUCGGCACUGCGGAGCUGCAAGUCUCACAGUUGAUAUACAAAAAAUAAAUAAAUACCUGAUGCAGAAAACUAAUAAAAAUCAGCAUUAGUAAGAUGUGCUUUCUAUGCUGUGCAGCUACAUUUUUUUAUAUCUAAUUUGGCUACAGACACGGUAUGAGUAAUACAGUGUAUUAUUGAUAUCUUUGUGUCCAUCGUUAAAUAUUGAAAUACCCAGAUGUAAAUGAACCUCUACACCAUGAUUACUAAGAAUCUUUUUAACAACAAUGUAGCUGAAGGAUGACACUGUGCAUAAACUCAGGAUAUUAUUGUAACAAAAAAAAAAAAAUUGUUUUGCAGACAGUUCUCAAUAUUGUUAUUUGAUAUAUGAUACUGUACAUACGGUUGGGUGAUUGUCCUUUUUAAAAAUUUAAAUCAUGUAAAAAUGAAUAAAUAAGUCUUUCCCCCCCAAAAUCAAAA